AUGGACAACAGCAAAGAGCUCAAGACACCUACCUCCGACGUACUCAGCGAGGAGAUCUCACAGCACGCCGAGUUUGCCCAAGACGUGCAUGGCGGCAAUGGCUUUGACCAGCACGACAUGCACCGCAUGGGUAAGAAGCAAGAAUUGCGGCGCAACUUCGAAUUCUUCUCCAUCGUCGGCUUCGUCUCCAUCCUUCAGGCAACUUGGGAAUCGACGCUGGUUGCAAGCUACAUCGGCCUGUUCAAUGGCGGCACCGCGGGCGUCAUCUGGCUCACCAUCGUCUCUUGGUUCUGUUUCCUCUUACUGAUUGCAUCCAUGGCCGAAAUGGCCAGCAUGGCACCGACUGCCGGCGGGCAAUAUCAUUGGGUGUCUGAAUUUGCGCCUGCUAAUUGGCAAAAGCCGGCAUCCUUUCUCGUUGGAUGGACGUGUUGCCUGGGCUGGGUAGCAGGCAUUCCAACCUGCGCCCAAAUCCUAGCGGGCCUCGUCCAGGGCAUGGUCUUGUUGGUAUAUCCCAAUGCAACAGUGGCUUCACUCUGGCAGACUGCAUUACUCAUCUGGGCCAUUAUGAUCAUCGCAUUCGCCUUCAACAUCUUCGCCGCCAAAUACUUGCCUCUGGCGGAGAGCAUCGUCCUUGUCGUCCAUGUGCUGGGUUUCCUUGCAUUCCUUAUCGCCAUGUGGGCUUUUGGCCAUCAUGCACCAGCCGAGAAGGUGUUUACCAAGUUCAACGACGGCGGCGGCUGGGGAAGCGUGGGCCUCAGCACCUUGGUUGGCUUCGGCAGUCCGCUGUGGUUCUUCAUCGGCCCAGACGCUGGCGCGCAUAUGAGUGAAGAGCUGCGGGAUGCAUCGCUUACCCUCCCCCGCGCCAUGAUGUGGUCGACGUUUUUGAACGGCAUCAUCGGCAUCGUCACCCUCAUUACCUUCUGCUUCUGCAUCACCGAUCUGAAUGCGGUGCUGAACACCCCAACCUACCAACCGGUGCUACAAGUCCUCUUUGACAUCUCCGGAUCCUACGUGGCGACGUGUAUCUUGGGCAGCCUGCUCUCGUUCCUCACCCUCUUCGGCACUAUCACCAACAUCGCGACCGCCUCCCGACAAUGCUGGGCGUUCGCACGCGAUGGAGGCUUCCCCUUCAGCAAGUGGCUCUCGCACGUCCACCCGCGCUAUCAAAUCCCGCUGAAUGCUCUCUACAUGUGCGCCGGCGCCAGCUUCAUCCUCGCCGCCAUCAACUUCGGCUCGACGGUCACCUUCUUCGCCAUCAUCGCCAUCUCCAACGCUGCUUUGAUCUUCUCCUACCUUGUCAGCACCCUCUGCAUCCGCAUCAAGCGUCUCCGUGGCGAGCCGCUGCUCCCGCGUCGCUGGAGCCUAGGGAGAUGGGGUGGCGUUGUCAAUGACAUUACUCUCGCCUUCCUCGUGCUCGCCUUUGUCUUCAGCUUCUUCCCGACUACUCCGCUGACUGGAGACUCCACGUGGGCGACGGAUAUGAAUUGGGCGUGCGUGGUGUUUGGGGCGUGCUGCCUGUGGGCUUGGGGGUACUACGUGAACGGUGGGCGUGACAUCUAUGUGGCGCUCGUCCGGUUGGUUAAGACUUUAUGA